UUUAGCAACGUUAGGCACCCGGCAGUCAGUCGAUAUUUGUAUGUCAGUAGAUGUCCCUGUGGAUCCUUUUAUUGCUACAGCCACUCCCGUGCCUUUUAAUGCUGACAGAACUUACUCAGUGACUAAAACACAAAAAUCAGGAUCUGGUAGACUACACAACACAGCUGUACAGCCUAUUCCAGGACCUCCGCCAAGCCCUGGGUCCCGCCCUUCCGCCGAGGCCGACCAACCGCCACCUGAGGAUCUAGCCAUUUCCGGAGGCGGGUGCCAAAUCCCGGAAGUGUCAGCCCCGUUCCUAACGCCACUCGGUCCGAGAUGGCGGAUCUCCACCGCCAGCUGCAGGACUACCUGUCGCAGGGUAAAGCGAGCAGGCCGGCAGCCGCAGAGCCGCUGCUCGGCGCCAGGGCAGCAGAGGAGCCUGAAGCCGGGGACAGAGCUGCCGGGGCGUGGCUAGGCAGCACGGCUUUGCGAUGGCCGUGGCCUCGGAGCCCCGCCGAGCCGCCGCCCGCUGGCUCGCCGUGCAUCCCAAGCGUGACGCGAGGGCAACGCCUGGUGGCGGGCGGCCUGUGUCUGCUGCUGGCCGCGCUCUGCUUCGGCCUGGCGGCGCUCUACGCGCCGGUGUUGCUGCUGCGCGCGCGCAAGUUCGCGCUGCUCUGGUCGCUGGGCUCCGUGCUGGCGUGGGCGGGCGCGGCGCUGCUGCGGGGCGGCCCGGCGUGCGGACGUCUGCUGCGCGGCGAGGAGACGCCUUCGCGGAGCGCGCUGGGCUACGCCGCCGCCCUGGGCGCCACGCUCUACGCCGCGCUGGUCCUGCGCAGUACGUUGCUGACGGCGCUCGGCGCUUGCGCACAGGUGGCCGCGCUGCUCCACGCCUUGCUAGGACUCCUGCCCUGGGGCGGCCUGACGGCGCUGCGCCUGGCGCUUGGUCGCCUGAAUCGCGGGACCGGCCUGGCCAACGCGCUCCCGGUGUGACCAGCCAGGCUAGGGACACCAUGGUACCCGGGCGAACAAGGAUAAGUCACCAGCUGGACUGCGCGGCGGAGUCCGUGCGCUUGAAGCAGCUGUCAAGAACUGAUGGCACCUGGUGGUUCAAGAUCCUUUGGCUUUAGUGUUCUGCGGUUCUGGAUCGCGUGGGCCAAGAAAAUACCUGACUUAACGGUGCUCUGGAGAUCACAGUCAUGAACUGCUUUCGCACUAAACUGGCUUUACACGGACGCCAGUUUUAGCGAGGAAAAAAGAGACACGAAUAGCUUCCUGACUUAGCUGCUUUUGGAAGAACUACAUUCUACCUUUUGUCAUUUAAAGAAAUGCGGGGGUGGGGUGUUUGGUAGAGCAGGAGGCCUCAGUUCUACUACAGCUUUUCAAACUCUCCUUAUUCCUAUUCACUGUAAAGCAAUCCAGAUUAUCAGAUUAAACAGUAAAUUUAACCACUGGAUUUAAAAGUGAUUAGUUAAUACAUUCUACCUCAGGGUUUUUCUUCAGUUAAGAAUAGGGUGCUUUAUAAUAUUUAACUGUAAAUAUUUACUUGUCAAAGCAAUAUUCUGGACCAAAAAGCCAUAUAUCCACUAUGAGUGGCAAAAUUUGCAAAGGUUUCUGCAAAAGGAAUCCUGGGAUGCAGGGCAUUUUUAUAAUCUGCAGUUACCAUAGUUGUCAUAAACAAUAGGUUUGCCAAGUUCUCAUGAUUCCUAACAUUGCUGCUUGCUAAAAAGUCCUACACAGUUUGACACUAAUGUUGUAUAAAAUGCUUUUCAUAGUAAUUGAUUUCCUUCUAGGUUCAGCAGGUAGUUGUUUUUGUGGUGCUGGAGUGAAUCAGCACUUAAAUCUAUUUAAUUCACAUAAUUUUAUUGCCAAAAACUUGUUUCAGUAUUGAGUCUUGAUGCACUAGAAAGUAAAGGGUAUUCAGCUUAAAAUGUCACACCAGUGGUUCUCACACUAAACUGGCACAUCAAAAGUACCUGAGAAGCCACAUCCCAUCAGUUCACUUAUAAUACUGAUGGAUGGGUCCAGACGGCUUUAUCUAUAAUAAUAUAUAAGACAUACAUGUUCAGCUGAGGUUAAAGCCCUAUCUGUGCAGUGGCUUGUACAAUGUGAAAGUAAUGGUUUUCCAGGCUGCUCCAAUGUUGCCUUAACAGGUUAGGGCAAACAGUCCCCCAUGAUGUGAUCCUAUACUGGCCAAUAUCUCGACUUCACAGGUUUCCAAGACAACUAGCCUCUGUAGCCCCGAGUAAUCCUUUUGCCAUGGUCUCCAGGCAGUAGAUAGAGCUACUCACCUCUCUCAGGAAAGGAAAUGCUAUUUUCAAGUAGUGAUGUGCAUCUUUUUAUGUUACUAUGUUCAAGAUAUUAAAAUUGUUUCCAACAUUGUCUCAAGAA